AAAUCGCACAAUGCAUUUUUCGUCACUACUGAAGGUAAUAUUUCUUGUCGCCUGAAUGGCUUUUUUUUCACUUUAUACGUAUUAGCCCACAUGCAGCUAUCGUCUUUCAUUAAUAAUAACGAUAUUCUAUUUCAAGAAGCGAGGACUAUUCGACUUUCCGAAAAGUGUUGUUAUCUCCCUUUGCAAAGAAAAUUAGAGUGAUGUCCCCUUUUCACGUUCACUUCCGCCGAGUAAACCUUCAAAAUGGCGGCAAAUAACAAUAUUGACGUUGAUGAUGAAUUCCAUCAAAUGACAGUUAAAGAAUUGCGUGAAUACCUACGGGAACGAAAUCAAAAGGUGACUGGGAUAAGAGCACAAGUUUUAGCGCGAGCAAGAGGGGCGAAGGCACUUCGUUUGGAUGCAACCACCUUAGUACAACCAAGUAAAGGCGUUAUAUCCUUGCAACGGAAGCUCGUCACACCCAGCGGAUAUCGAAUGCCAGACCCCACUACAUUAAUGAUUGGAUGGAACGAUGCUGUUGAAUCAUUGCCGGAAUUCUCAGAGAAGGAAAUCUACAAUUAUAUGGUACUUAGCAACCAUAGGACUUCAGACACGAAACCCAUGAUGGCUAAACGACAAAUGAAGGCAGUGGUGUUUUACCAAGAUAGACAUGUUCACGGCGUAGCUCUACACAACAUCCAUCACGACUGUGACCAUAUGUUUGUCAGAUGCCGUGUCAUACCAUCACUACCAACAGCGGAUCCUAAGAAAAGCCCCGAUCACGAAGUUUGGGCAAGUCUCUCAAAAGUUACAGGUCGUGUUCAUUCAGCAAAUUGUACUUGUGCAGCUGGUGCCGGGGAGGCUUGUAAUCAUGUAUCAGCCCUGCUUCAUGCCCUUGCAGACAUUAGUCAGAAGAAAAAGGAUGGUUUGCUUUCAUGCACAUCAGUUGAGUGCAAGUGGAAAAUUCCCAGAAAAAGGAAGUUGGAUCCAAUGAAAUCGGAUGACUUGAACCUGAUGUCAAGUGGCAGGAAGAGUCAACAAAAAGGUACUGGGACUACACAAGGUACUGUCGGAAUACAGAAUGGAACAAUCAACAAAAGAUCAAUGUGUCCCAACAGCAACAUGCCACAGACAACAAUAAAUCUCACAAGAUUUAAUAAGAAGUUAAUUGGUCAUGAAACAAAAAGUAAAUGUGGAUAUGUUGUUAAUACAACUACUGUUACUCAAGCUCCUGAACCUAUGCCAGAACUUCCAAAAAUACCAUGCAUUGAUCGUUGUAUUCCUGACUAUGUUGAUAUUAAAUCGCCAACCUGUCAAACUACCUUUCAAAAUUAUUUUGAUUCCAUGAAAGUGUCAGAAAAGGAUGUGAGGUCAAUAGAGAGAAUGACAAGAGGACAACAUAAAACAAAGUUUUGGAAGGAAGCCAGAUUGGAAAGGAUAACAAGUUCACAGUUUGGCAAAGUAUUUAUCCGACAGACAUCUACAGCUCCAGAUAGACUUGUAUGUGACCUAAUGGGAUAUCGGGGCGAAUUUGGUAACAGACAUACCAGAUGGGGACUUUCACAUGAAUCGGCAGCAAGGCGGCAGUAUAUCAACAAAAUGGCAGGUCUUCAUCCACAGUUGAAAGUGUCCCAGUGUGGACUAAUUGUGAAUACAGACUACCCUUACCUUGCAACUAGCCCUGAUGGACUUGUGUCAUGCACAGAUUGUAGUACAUGUAGUAAUCAACAUGGCUUAGUAGAGAUUAAAUGUCCAUCUGUUUUCAGAGAUCUAACACCAGAAGAGGCUGCAUCAAAUACAAAUUUCUUCUGCCAUAUUGUGGACAAAAAUGUGACUCUAAAAGAAAACCAUGCAUACUACUUUCAAGUACAAGGACAGAUGGCCUUGACCAAAAGAACUUGGUGUGAUUUUGUGGUGUGGACACUCAAAGGGAUAUCUAUUGAAAGGAUUACAUUUGACGAGAACAAGUGGCAUCAGAUGGUCACAAGGCUUCGCAGCUUCUAUCUGUCAGCCAUUAUUCCUGAAAAAUAUACCCUACGUGUCCAGCGAGGUGUUUCACUGUAUUAGAUUGACCGUUGCACUACCAUCUUACCAGUUGUUUUACCCUAUGCUCACUCAGUCAAUUCAAUGUUUCACUCAAUACCAUAUCAUAUCUUUCUUUGAUAGUCAUAGAUACUUACCAUUCAAUGGGUGAAUUGUUACUUAACGCCGCAUUCACGGCGACUGACCAUUCAGAUAGUAUGUCGCUUAGACAUAGGAUAUCUUCUUCUCCUUGUAAUUUCUUGAACCAUUCUAUUAAGCCAUAACAUAUAAUAACAUAUUUUCUGUAACGUCUUGAAAUGACAACAUGGACAACAUGAUUUAAGAAAAUCAUCAAGCGUUUAUUUCUUUCAUUUUAGUUAUUGUCACAAAAAUUAGAACCAUGGGACUAUGAUCCUGCUGUCACAGCUAAAACAUGAAAUUGUUUAUGUUCUUAUAUGAAGAUAAACUCACACUCAUGAGUACACAAAAAGAACUUUUAGAACGCCAGCUUGUUUCCGUCAACGAAUCAGUGAAACUGUUGGAAGAUAAAAUUAUCUCCAAAGCGGAUCAACACUCUCAAAACAUCAUCAACACUGCUUGUCAAGCAGUCAAAGACAGAGAGCACAAG